UAGGACUUUGGCUGUUUGGAUUGGGACUGCGCACAUUGGGAGUAGAUCUUGUGGGUACAGCCAAAGAGAACUCUUGGCAGGGCCUAAAAGUCAGUUGCUGAUAGUUGCUUGGAUUUUAAGGUCGGCCCGGGGAUGUGGCCAUCUGGGAAAGAAAACAAUGCCCAAGAUAGGGGAUUUCCGGUAGGUCCUAUUUCAGGACAAGAUGUACCAUUGAGAUAUCUGUCCACUUUGAUUUACAGACAGCUGGACUUGUCAGCUGGCCAGCUUCUUUUUAACUUAAUUUUGUUUUCUUUUUACGGCUUGGACUUAUGAAACUAUGGCAGAAGGAGAGACGGAGUCACCUGGACCCAAAAAGUGUGGCCCAUAUAUCUCAUCUGUCACUAGCCAGAGUGUGAACUUGAUGAUUAGAGGAGUAGUGCUGUUUUUUAUUGGAGUAUUUCUCGCAUUAGUGUUAAAUUUGCUUCAGAUUCAGAGAAAUGUGACACUUUUUCCACCUGAUGUGAUUGCAAGCAUCUUUUCCUCUGCGUGGUGGGUACCCCCAUGCUGUGGCACAGCUUCAGCUGUGAUUGGGUUAUUAUACCCCUGCAUUGACAGGCAUCUAGGAGAACCACAUAAAUUUAAAAGAGAGUGGUCCAGUGUUAUGCGGUGUGUAGCUGUCUUUGUUGGUAUAAAUCAUGCCAGUGCUAAGGUGGACUUUGAUAACAACAUACAGUUGUCUCUCACCCUGGCUGCUCUGUCCAUCGGACUGUGGUGGACUUUUGAUAGAUCUAGAAGUGGCUUUGGCCUUGGAGUAGGAAUUGCUUUCUUGGCAACGGUGGUCACACAACUACUAGUCUAUAAUGGUGUUUAUCAAUACACAUCUCCAGAUUUUCUUUAUGUCCGUUCUUGGUUACCAUGUAUAUUUUUUGCUGGAAGCAUUACAAUGGGAAACAUCGGUCGACAGCUGGCGACGUAUGAAUGUAAAGUUAUUGCAGAAAAAUCUCAUCAAGAAUGAAGAAGGCAAGAGCAUAUCUUUUAUAUACAAAGAAGAAAACGGCAUGUAAAUUAUUGAUACACCAACAAAACUUGGAACUGUAAAAUUGCCAAUAGAAGGCAAAAGCAUAUAUUUUAUAUACAAAGAAGAAAAUGGCAUGUAAAUGAUACAUACACCAACAAAACUUGGAACUGUAAAAUUGCCAGUAUGCAGUUUUUCCUUGAUUGGUGUAUACACACACACACACACACACACACACACACACACACACACACACACACACACAAUUACUGCAAUCUGUGAUUGCUUCAUUUACAAAUUAGUUACAAACCUUUAUGUAUUUGACCUCAAUAACUGUAAGUUAUAUGUGCACUACAUUAAAAUAUGUUGAUUAGUAGAUGAAAAUUUAAAAAUUUUAAAACAUGCCAUACCAUUGUAUCACAAUGUUAAUGUGCCAAAAUAUUCUGUUAUGGUUAUGAGGAUUAUAAGAAUGCUUUGAAAAAUUCAUGAAUUUAGAGAAAUAAAGUAAGAAAGACACAGUUCAAGCAAACAAAAAGCAAAUGGGUAGCUGGUAUUUUGUUUUGUGGUUACUGUUGUGCCUUUUAUUUGUGUAAUCACAGCAGUAUGAGUCAUGACUGCCCUAAUGUUUGGUUAGUUACUAUUUUGGUGUUGUUUCAAAGAGUAUUUUAAUAUAUUCUCUUCCAUAAAAGAGGUUUAAACCUGUUUCUGGAGAGAUUCCAAAGAAUAAUUUUCUGUCUUUACAGAUUUUACUGGAGCUCUAUGUAGUAUGCAGGUGAGAUUAUUAACAUUAAAUUGUCUUGAAACUAAAUUUGGAAAUGUACACAUAAUUUUAAGUUAAGGAAUUUAAUGAGAAUAAAUAUGAUUUGGGAAUACAAAGUGACCUUCUGCUGUGUCACAGAGUGUAAAGUGAUCAGAGCUGUCGUUUACAAUGCAGAAUCUCAUUGCUUAUGCACAGGGGACACAGUAAAUACCCAACAAAUCAAAAUGAAGUUUCUAAUUCUAUUGGGCUUUGCAAUCUAUCAGAUUCUAUAAAGCAAAACACUGUAAAGUGGUUCCACUCAUUGUCAGUGGAAUGGCUGGAUUUGCAACCUUACCAUAUGCAGCAUGGGGAGUAGAUGAAUACAUGAUUCCUUGUGUGUUCAUGUUCACUAGGGAACAGUUCGGGUCUGUUGAAGAAUGUAUUGUGAUGACAUUCUGUACAUGUUGAAGAUUUGAUAACAAUUCUAGGCAUAUCUUGCUAAUUACAGCCAUUUAAAUCUGAAUUAAACAUAUUUUUAGUUGAUUCUCCCAUCUCCCCACCCAAUUUUCCUUUUUGAAACUGUUGACAAUUAUCUGAUGCAUGAGGGCAGUCUUCUGAGUACUUUAGUGUGUGUAUGUCUGUGUGCAUGUGUAUUGAGUAUGCAUGAGUGAGAGUAUGUAUGUGUACAUAUGUGCAUGGGCUCCUGUUUUCCUACAAUGUCCAGUAGAUACUUUAAAUAUUUUGGUUUUAAAACAGUUGCUAUCAAACAGAGAUCUUCUAUGCCAAACUUUAAUCUGCUUCUGUUUUCAGACACAAAUGUGAAGAUCCUAAGAGGAUUUCAUAUUGAGUGUGUAUACAAGCUUAUCUAUAGUGAUGAUAAACAUAUUACUAUAACUUAUUAUUCUAUCUUCCAGAUAAUGUUAUUCAUUUAAAAAAUAAGGUAUAUUUUUAGAAUCAACUUUGUAAGCAUUAUAAAAUCUUUAAUAAGUUAUAAGGUCUAUGAGGCAUUUACUUUGAAAAUUGCUGUUAAAAGCAAGAUGUAUUAAAUAUGUAAUUACCAACUUGACUGCGUCUUUUUUUUUCUUCCUUAUGACAAGUCUUAUAGUACUAUGGAUCACUUAUAAAAUUGUAUGUGUCGUUGAAUUUGUUCAGAAAUUGUGAGAGAAAACUACAUAUAGCAUUGGGGAGAUUGAACAGUUGUCAUUGGAAUUCUACAAUUAUUUUGAGAUAAUCUGUAAAACAUGAAAAUAUAAGCCUGGAAAAAUGAAAUAGUUACAAUAUUUUGAUAAAUAUAUAAAUGUAUGAUACUUUUUGCAAUGAAAGAAAGUGAUAAAUAUUUUUAAUAUCACUAUAUUGGAAGUGUUUCUUUGCUUUUAUUUAAAGUUAGAGGAAUUUGAUCAACUGAAAACUGGGACUAAAUCUACAAAAUCACAAGAAAACAAUUCAAAUGAAAUACGUAGAUCCAUGACAAUAAUUUUGUUAGGAAUUUGUUUGCACUAAGCUGUUUUGCUUUGGUAAGACCACAUGACCUCUCAACGGUGCAUAUAUUUCACAUAUUUUGUAUUUCUAAGUAGAACCCACAUUCAGGAUUACUCAGUGUGGACUUAUUUAAUGAAGUGUAUUCUGUAUAUAGCAACUCCCUCAGUGAUGGUCUGAAUAGUAGUGGGCUGUAUGUAUGUAUCUGAAAACAUGUUUUUCAUUCUUGAAGGACAAGGUAGAAGGCUGGAGUAGUCUGGAUUUCCCAUUUUCUUUUUCUUCCUUUGGUACUUUGAAGAUUUUUACCUGCAUGUCUUCUGUCAUCUCACAUUGCAGACAAUUACUUUUUAUUUUUGAAAGUUGUAUUGUUGUUAUAAAGGUGGUGUAUGGAGAGAUUACAGUUAUAUAAGUCAGGAAAUGAGUACAUUUCUUAACACAUCCCUUUCCUUAAUGUUUUUCUCUCCAGUCCUUACCCACAGUUUGUAGAGUUCAUUUUCAACAUAGUGUCUACUGAGUACCACUGCUGCAUUUGUUUACCCUUUCUCCCACCAUGUCUGUGCCUCACCUUAUCCUUCCAAAGACAUAAGAAAUGAGUGACUAAGAAAAAAAAAAAAACAGUGACAAAAAACCCUCA